AACGGGUUCGGCGGCCGCCGGGUCUGGGAACCUAGCAGAAGCUCCGGGAGCUCCGGUUUUCCGUUCGCUAGUCGCAGGGUUCGACCGCUCGAGGACGGGUCGUGGUUCGUGCAUACGUGGCGCGUGCGUGCGCGUGAGAAAGCCAGCGAAGGAGGGAUACCAGCGCAGAUACGAGGAGACUUUUUUGCAAGCGGAGAAGAAAAGGAUAGACGCGAAUAAAGACGAGGAGGGAGAGAGAGAGCGCGACGCGAGGGAAGGUGCGCUGCCGCUCGAAGGUGGGAGAGAGUCGUCGUCGCGCGGUAUACGUGGUGCGUCGCGCAGUGUCAUCGAGGAGGAAAGAAGAGCCAGUGAUCAGUGUUUUUUCUCUCUCUCUCUCUCUCUCUCUUUCUCGAGAGAAGCGGAUUUCGCGAGUACUCAAUCGCUAUCGAUCGUAGAACGCGGACGCGUCAAGAACGCCGCGAAAUCCGCCUUCCUCUCUCGGUAUACACUCCUUUUCCUGCCUGCUGGCCUGCCUGCCUGCCUGCUAGUCUGCUGUCCCCCUCGCCCCCCCACCACCCCCUCCCCGCAGUUUCAUUCGUUUCCUCUUGGCCGCGUGCGCGUUUCCGCGGCCACUGCCGCUGCCGCUCUCCUCGGGGUUGCCGGCUGCCUCCUUCGUCGACGCUUGGCUCGCGGGAAGGAGAAGACGCCGGGGAAGAGCACAGGUGCAUGCAUAUAGACGACGGCAACGGCGACACGUAGGAGAGUCCGAGGUCCCGUCGCGAGCGGGGGAGGAGAGGGCGAGGAAGGAAUCGACGGCGAGAAAAGGAAAGGGAGGAGAAGAAGAAGGAGGAGAAGGCGGCAGCAGCAGCAGCAGCGGACGGAACAGUCGUCACGCAUACGCGGAACGAUCGCCGUUCUCUCGGUUCCGCUCGCGCGUAGUUGGUGCAAGUUGAUCGUCAUCGACGUAGAGUUGUCGGUGACAGGAUGGACGACACCGCGGGCCCGCCGCGAACCGCGGACGUAGCGGCGAUGGGGGGCGAGAGCGACGAGGCCGCCUCCUCCUCGAAGAUGCGGACGCUCGACGACGAGUCGAGUGCCGCCCCCGCCGCCGUCCCCCCCGGUGACGCGGCCGCCGCCGCAGCCGUAGCCGCAGUCCCCGAUAACGUCGAGUGUCGGGACCGGGGCUCGAUAAGAGCCGCGUCCCCGGGGCCGCGCGCCGUUGCCGCGACCACCUCUUGUCCGACGACGAUGACGACGACGACGACGCCGCAGCCGCCGCCGCAGCUGCCGGCCCCGCAACCGGGGUGUGGCUGCGUCGCCGCCGCCGACAGGGACGAGAUCACCGUGUGCAUCACGCCGACGACCGGCGGCCAGUUCGAGCUCACGGUGGAUCGCAACGAUACCGUGGAGAGCCUCAAGAAGAUUAUCUCCAAGAAGCUGAAGGUCGCCAAGGAGCGCAUCUGCUUGCUGCACCGCGAGAGGCAGCUGCGGGAAGGAACGCUCGCGGAAAAUGGCCUACAGAACGACAGUCGGCUUACAUUGCUGCCGAGUGUGGAAACCGGACUGUUGGCACAACGGCCGGAGCAGAGUGUAAUGCAGGCCUUGGAGAGUCUCAAUGACUCACAGGUGAACGACUUCUUGUCCGGCAAAGCACCACUUAACCUGACAAUGCGAUUGGGCGAUCACAUGAUGCUGAUACAGCUGCAGCUGUCCACCGUAACCCCGGCUUCGCCGACUGCCAAUCAGACGACGGGCUCCUCGGGCAACAGCAGCCACAGUUUGCCCGCCAGUGGCAAUGCCACGAGCAACGCAUCCAGCUUACCUAGCGGCCAUGUUUCCUCCUCGUUACAGGCCAGAAGAUGUCUGGCAGCUAGAUCGCCGGGGAACAUUGUCAAGUCGCAAAACGCCAGUGGUGGACCAAGUGGUAGAACGUCGCAUCUGAUUAGCAGCCUUGCCAGCGCCCUACACGCUGCUGCCAGUUAUAGCAGCAACAGCAAUACUCUGUCCACCGCUGGCAUCACCACUACUACCACUAGCCCGGUUUGCUCCAGUCGCGUUACGUCACUCUCGUCCGUCGCCGCGACGCCAAUCAGCCCGGUACACUCAGCGUCAGCGUCAGCGUCAGCGUCAGCGUCGUCAUCCAGCAAUUCGAGUCAGUCGCAGUCCUCGCGCAGCAAUUCGCACGGCGUUCCGCCUAUGAGCAGUGGCUCCUCCAGCGCCUGCCAACCCUGCCCGCUCUAUCAUCACCAUCAUCAUCAUCACGGGCAUCAUCAUGGCCACCAUCAUGGUCACCAUCAUCAUCACCAUCACCAUCACCAUCAUCACCAUUCGAGAAAUAACAAGGCCGCCUUGCCCAAUCUCUCCUCUUCCUCCUCCUCCCCUUCUUCUUCCGCCACGGCUUCUGUCCCGAUUCAGGAGCAGAAUACUUUGGAGCCGACAAUGUCCUACGAUGCGACGCUACCCAGGAAAAAACUCUGUAACGGCCACCAUCAUCACGGUCAGCAAUCGUCAUCCGUUACCUUCAGUGGCAUUGACGUCACGAGGAGUCAGCACGACGAAUCGAAUCCGCAGAGUCCCAGUUGCACCUCGUCGUUGAUGUUGGAACAGUCGCCGCCCAAGCCUGCCACUCUCGACACCCGCGCGCUCGCCGAGGCUUCCCGGAACCUCACGCAGAAACUGAAGCAGCUCUCCUCUGAGGAGAACGCGAGACGUAGGCAAGGUGCGAUAAUAGAGAGUAUGCAUCAUCACGGUAAGGGUGUCUACUCCGGCACGUUCAGCGGCACUUUGAACCCAGCCCUUCAGGACAGACACGGUAGACCGAAGCGGGACAUCAGUACUAUCAUUCACAUUUUAAAUGAUUUGCUCUGUGCGACGCCGGCUGCAUCCGCAGGCCACUACAGGCAUCAUCAUCAUAGGCAUUCGCACGCUCGUCAACAGUCCUCGAUGUCCACAUCUUCUACCAGCACAACCACUGCGAGUGGAGCGAAUACGUCGGUUGGGUGUCAUGAUUCCACACCAGGAUACUCUAACGAGGAAUUAUCGAAGGAGAACGAAGCGACAAAGGGCAAGAUGCGUCGGCUGCGCUUAGUCAUGGAGCAACGUCGCGCCAAGAGGAAAGCGAGGCGACAGGCGCGCGCGGCACCAUAUACCACGCAAUGGGCCGCGAUGACUCCCGCCGAUCCGAAUCACGAGCCGAACACGUCGACGGCGGCCUCGGGUACCACCACCACUACUACUACCACGAGCACCAACAGCGCGGAACCGCAGAACGAGCCGGAGCUUCAACCGUGCAGUCCCGAACCGGUCGUAGCUUAAAAUACUACCGAGUCACUAACGAGUCAAUUCACGGCACACAGUAAUAGUAGCCUCUAUAUCGUAAUACAUAGAGAGUAUAAUUGUCUCUCUUUUAUCCGUUCUUACCUGAUCGCACUGAUUUAUUCCAAGAAAAACAAAAAAAAAACAUGAUGCAGGGUUAAUAAACGUGUCCUACCACAGGUAGUUGCAUUCAUUUCGUCUACAACUCUCAUUCUUUUCGAUACGUAACCAAACGCUGCAACGUUUUAACGUUAAUUUGAUACCCUGUUUUCAUCCUCGUUGUAUAAGUUAGAUCAUUGCCACCGAAAUUCAUAUCGAGUUUCUCUCGAGUAUGAUGCAAUUGUCUCACUUUCUACGAUUUGCGUUAUCGUGCGCAAAUAAAAAAUCGUUAUUAACGAGACUUGAUUGACGGAUCAGAAGAUAAAAAGUCUAAUUUAUGAUUUUGCUUCUCUAAAUUUAUAGAACUCCAAAUUAAUUGGAUUGGUAUAAAGAUUUAUUUUUUUGUUUCUUAUUAUUUUUUCUUUAGAAAAUUUAAUUUUAAAAACAGGACUCUUGUCCUUUUUCAUCUUCCUUCUCCGCAUGAUUAUCUUCACAUCGACGAAACCAAGUCGUAGACACGUUGAAUUAGAAUGUUUAUGCGUUGAUAAAAAAUGAUGGUGCGUGACAUUAUAGCUAUUAUAACGAAAGAUAUAUAGUGUUACUGCUAUAAUAAAGCUAUGUAUAUUUCAUUAUAUAUAAUAUAUAUAUUAUCAUUAACGCACGUUAUCUUAUUAACGUGUAACGUGAAUAUUGGGUAUCUUACGGCUGUCAUUUCCGAACGUUAAUAAAACGGUAAUGUCGCAGUGUUUGGCCGGACUCAGGACUUGAUCGUAGUUGACAAUAAUUACGCUCGGCGAAUGAAUCAGUGUGACGGUUUUACGUAUCUAUACAUCGACACACAUCGCGCGAGAAGUCGAUGAAUCGUUUUAAGAGAUAGAGAGAGAACAAGAGAGAAAGAGAGAGAGAGAAAGAGAGCAAAAGCUCCUAUAAAGAAUCCUAUUAAGAAACUUCCUGUUAGGAUUAUAAAACUCGCCGAUAAACACAUCUCAUGCAGAAAUGAAAGAAAAAAAAGAGCAGUGUCGUUAUUGUUCUGUAUAUGGUACUACGAGACUCCGCGAUAAUUAUCCUCUCGCUAUCAUCGGGCACUUUGAUCGAAAUCUUAUACGAAUAGAUACGAGUAGAACUUUAAUCACGCACGAAUCACGAAACAAGACCGUGUUUCGAUAAGUAAUGACAAAGCUUGCCGAGUUUUUGACGCAGAAUUCUCGUCGCAUGAAGCAAUGAAAAAAGAAAAAUUCGCACGCGUGAAAUUUGUGCAAAUUUGUACUUUACGAUCCCCUACGGAUCUAUACGAUUGAUCUAAAUCACUACAAUCUUUUGUAAGUAGCAAGUGCACUUUCCAAUGUCAUACUGUUUACUUUGCAAGAGGGAUACGCGGAUGAUAUGUUUGUUGGAAUAUUUUUUAUGUUAUGUCUUUUAGUGACUUUUUUGUGUUAAAUAAUAUGUACAGUCGGAUUUCCGUAUUAUCUACUCUAUUCUUAAACUUAAAAAAUCAAAUAACAAUCUGGAUUGCUGAAGUUUAGAGAGAAUAUAAUGUUUAGUGAUAUAAGCAGAUUUCAUUCUAUUCUCAAAUUUCGGUCUAUUUUAUUAAUUUCAGCUAACAUGUGUACUAAAUUGACCAAUAUUGAAGUUUAAUAUAAAAUUUCUAAGCUUGGCAAUUUAUAAUUAUAAAUGCUCUAUUCGCAAUUUGAUUAUUGAAACUUCUCUAAUCAUUCUAAAAACUAGUGAUACGCACGAUUAUAUUUUACUCGUGCUUUGACAAAUGAAAAAUGUGAAAGAGAGCAAGAGCAGCGAAAGUGAUUAAGUAUAAAAAAUAGAUAUUACGGAAAUUCUAUAUUUUUCAUUCAAAUGUUGUUGUUUCUUUCAUUAAUUGAAAAUUAUAAUGGAAAAUGAUAAUCGCAAAUAUAUAUGAUGCGAAGUGUCUUGUUCUAGACCUUCUGUAUUGUGCUUACAUUUGUUGUUCGUUCUUCAAUAUGUUAGUAUUUAUCCAUUCAAUGUAAUAUUCUAAAUCUAUGCAAUUCGUUUUGAGUUAUUGAUACGUAUUUUUCAAUUCUUAAUCGCAUUUAUUUUGUCAUUAAUACAUAAGGGCGAUAUCUCGACGGCCAAUAUUGUCCAUUUAUGAUUUAAAAACAACGAUGUCUCGAUUAAGGAACGAAAGAGAAAAGCAAACUAAAAAGGAAAAAAAAAAUGAAAAAUGAAACAUUAUUUUUUUGCGUUGUAUGUAAUUCGUAGAAUAAUCUAGGGACAAAGGAACCAUAAUAUUGCGUUUAAGAACGUGAUGAAAUUGAAAAUAGGAUAUUCAUAUCAGUUUUCACAGUGUACACAUUUUUGGACAUGCUGUACCUUUUAAUCAUUAUUGUGAAUCAUAUCUUGAUGCUUGAUUGUCCUUUGUUAAGAUUACGCUAUAAUAUUAUUCUCAAGAGAAGAGAUAAAUGAAGAAACAGUACAGAAGAAAAGGUGUAUAAGAGACAAUUCUAUAGCUGAAAAGUUGCGUGAUCGUACUAUAUGGUAUACUAUAUGCCGUCACGAUUUUGUUUAAUUAGAUACUACAGAUAAAAUACGAUGUCACUACUAAUAGAGUACAUUGCGUUUAAGUUACUUUAGAAAAAGAGAAAAUAUUAUUACCAUUAUUAUACAUUAUUAUAUAUCGUUAGUACCGCUAUUACGAUUUUUGCAAAACUGGCUCAAGAUUGUAAUAUACGAUUAUCGGAAUCUUUAUCGAGUACCAAAAUAAAUAAGAUUGCUUGCUAAGCUAA